AUGAAGACAAGAAUUAAAAACUGACUUCACAAGUAAAAAUACACCUAAUCACAUAGGAUUAAAGGUGUCCUUUGAACGAACAAGGUCUAAUGUCAAGGGCAGACGAAGUACGAUAAAUAAUUGGCAUUCAACAUAAGAAUUAUUAUUUAUUUAUAUAUUCAAGAUUUUUUCUUUUGAAUAGGUAAAUAAUAAAUAGUGUCGCUUUUAUUAUAGUAAUAAAUUAUGUGAAUCUUAUAACCGCAAGCGAUGUAAAUAUUUACUCUAUGUAAAUAAGCGUAGGCAUAAUUAAUUUCAUUUUAUCGUCUUCUAUCUAACAAAGUUCUUUUAACGAUGCAAUCGUUAUUAAAUCUUGAGAUGACUGCGUUUUAGCAUUGAUGACAGUUAACGCGAAUUAUUAUUGCUUUUGCUCGUACAUACAUAAAAAUGUUGAGAUUAAAAAAUAUAACAUGUAACGGUAAAAUUGAUAAACUAUUGUACAAAAAAUAUCGUCUAACCACACAUUAUGGCAGCCACACACGAUACAGUAUACUUGCGUAAGUGACUUGCGCAAGUAUACUGUAUCGAUUGCACAAGUGUGGCACAAGUUCUUUAGAAAGUUCCAAGCCACCGUACCGUACGCACGCACGUCGUUUUGGCGCCAAAAUGAACGAGACUUCUGAGCGACAUGGAGUUCGUGGUAUUAUUGAAGAAUUUAUAAAUAUUUACAGAAAUGAGCCAUGUCUUUGGCAAAUAAAAAGUAAAGACUACCAUCACAGGGAGAAAAAAAAUGCUGCUUAUAAUAAAUUAAUUGAACAAUACCGAAAAUUAGAACCAAGCGCCAACCGUGAUGCAGUUGUUAAAAAAUUGAAUGCUUUGCGUACGAAUUACCGUAAAGAAAAGAAAAAGGUUGAAGAGUCAAUUCGAUCUGGAGCAGGUUCCAGUGAUGUGUAUGAACCUACAUUAUGGUACUACAAAUUAUUAAAAUUUUUGGAUGACGACCAAGGGACGCCAAGAUUUAGUCGUAGUAACAUCGAUGGAGAUGAAAGUUCACAAGAACCCGAAUCAGCUUUACAUUCACAAGAUAUACAUGGUAACUCUUCGGACACGGAUUCUACUUCUGAACAAACAUCAAGUCGUGCUAGACCUCCCAAAAGAAAAACUACAGAUUCGACAGAUUUGUCUAAUGAAGUAUUACAUUCCGUAAACGAGCAUUUUAAACGUCCUUUGGACGAUCGAUUUGAUAUUUUUGGCAAAUAUGUCGCAAUGAAAUUGCGUGAAUUACCUAAACAGCAGGGACUAAUUGCUGAAAAAAUUAUAAAUGAUACACUAUUUCACGCGGAAUUGGGCAGUUUGACACUACCGCAGUACAUUCAUACAAAUCCAAUUCCUAGUCCUCCACCACACCAAACACAACAAUAAAUGCGUAGAACUCCAACUCCUAGCCCUCCACUACCCGGAGCUGCGGACUACCUAGCGGGUUUACCGGGGCUCCGGUUCGAAAAGCAGGAGUAGGAAAGGGGUGGUUUUUAGUCAGUAAGAGUCUGACACUCCCUCUCGCCUCGCCCAAAGCGGGAGAAGUCAUUGGAUGAUUUUCCCCCUCAAAAAAAAAAAAGCCCUCCACUACACCAAACACAACAAUACAUUCAUGCAACUCUAGAACCACAAGAGUGAUUCAUUUAGAAUCAACUCCAUCUCCUUCCACUCCAGCAGCAGAUAAUCAACAAGAAUAUGAUGAUACUUCUUCAUUGCAAUAUAACUCAGACUCGCAAUAUUCAUCUGAAAAUAUCACAGUGCCAUCUAUUCCAGAAUAUUCUGUUGGAACAUAUUGUAUGAUUGCGUUCAGAUGAAUGUCGUGAGUCCAAAAUAAACCGUGUAACUUAGUUUUUUAGCUAUAAAUAUAUAUUGUGUUACCUACAUACUUAUAUUUUAUUAAUAUGGAAAACUUGUAUUUUUAUUACUUACCUUCAAAUAAUCUUUCCACAGUACUUUGUAAAUCGCGUCACAUG